AUGACUACGCUCCAGUCCUUAGAGAAAGCACUUAGACAAGCAGCCACCGCACCAUCGUCCAGGGAACAGCCGUUAUCAGACGCCCAGUACAGCACUGGUCUCAACUUUUUCACUACAGGCUCUGGAUGGGCAGCUUACCAAAAGUUCAUCAUUCCUCAGCUAUCCAAAGUUUUAGCUCCGCUCUUCAAGUCGCGCAGCCGUGUCUCGGUGCUGGAGAUUGGACCUGGUCCAAAGAGUGUGCUUGCAUAUCUGCCUCGUCAGCUCAGGCAGAAAAUUAAGAGAUAUGUUGCACACGAGCCGAAUAGAUUGUUUGCCACAAAUUUACAAGAAUGGCUUUCCUUUAGUGCAGAAGGGGGACCUCCGCUGCCGUGUCUGGAGAGUCUUUCAGACAUUCGACGAGUACCAUUCGUUCCUGGGAACGAUACAAACAUGAAUGCCAUAACGAAUGAUGGCGACGAGAAAUUCGACGUCAUCUUGUUCUGCCAUAGUCUGUACGACAUGAAGCCUGAACGUAAGUUCAUCGAGCGAGCACUGGAAAUGCUUGUUGAGCAGCCAGGCGAUGGAUUGGUGAUUGUCUUCCAUCAAGCUGGCGUCCUGAACUUUGAUGGCUUGAUAUGCCAUCGGACGGCUUCAUUCCCUACUGGAGAGGUCCUUAUUGCAGACGAAGACAAAACAUUGGACUCUUUCGCCCCUUUCAUCGCGGGCUUUAUCAUGAAAGAUGUUGGAGAGGACAUUGCAGUGCGGAAAAAGUGGCGAGAAGUGUGUCGCGCCCUGGGUCGCCGCAAAGAAGGCCAUCCAUAUCAUCUGCAGUUCAGCGCGCCCGAGAUCAUGGUGGCCUUUACUCGACAUGCCACCGCGUUGCCGGACUUGGCAGCGGAUUUGCCGUUGAUGAAAGGAGAAAGGACAGUUAAGAACAGGGAGGUACGUCUUCACCGUCCUGCUGCUAUAGCCAGGCCAAGCGAGAUACGGCAUGUCCAGCAGUGUGUUCGAUGGGCCUUGAAGCAUGGAGCGAGUCUAACUGUCGUUAGCGGAGGCCAUAGCGGCCACUGUCUCUGGCCUGAGGUCGUCGCGGUCGAUAUGGAAGCCUUUAACCAAGUACACAUUGUCACGGUUGGGGACUCUGGAUCCAGCUCAGGUUCUUGGGUCGUUGCCGAGGCUGGUUGCAAGACUGGGAACAUCAUUCGCAAGGCUAUGGAAGAAGGUCUGACAGUACCUUUGGGUUCUCGUCCAAGUGUAGGAGCAGGAUUAUGGCUUCAAGGAGGCAUCGGACAUUUGGCUCGACAGUAUGGACUCGCGAGUGACGCUAUUGUCGGCGCUGUGGUAGUUAGCCUGGACUCCGGAAAGGUCUUGUGCAUUGGUCAAGUACCAAGUCAACAUUGUCCGGUAGAUGCUGUGCGUCCGGAUAAUGAAUCUGACCUGUUAUGGGCGAUCAAAGGAGCCGGAACUAACUUCGGUAUCGUCAUUAGCGUUACCUUUCAAGCUUUCACUGCUGCGACUUAUACGGUGCGAAACUGGGAUGUACCACUAAGUGAAGGUGAUAACCUCGAGCCGCAGAAAUGGCUCAAACAGCUCAAUGAAGUUGCUAAGAAAUUACCCAAAAUCUGUUCUACAGACGCGUAUCUGUACUGGGAGGCUGACCAGUUGCAUCUUGGCGUGAGUAUGUAUGAGUCCCAUACCAUCAACCUCAACGUUGAAACUCCUACAUGUAUGCUAUUAGAUGAAGUUUUUGGACCUCAAGAUAACUUCCAGGUUGUGGAUGGGGUUGGUCUAUUCGAUACCGAGAUGUACAUGUCUGGGAUGCAUGGCGGACACGGUGGCGGCAAGACAUCUUCGUUCAAACGAUGCCUGUUCAUAAAGAAUAUCGGAGGAGCCGACGUCGCCAAUGUCUUAAUAGAGGCUGUGGAGACUCGUCCCUCAGCACUCAGCUAUCUCCAUCUUAUCCACGGUGGCGGAACAGUCGCCAACAUUGCUGCUAAUGCCACUGCUUUCGGCUGGCGAGACUGGGACUUUGCCUGUGUCGUCACUGGAGUCUGGCUCCGCGACCAAGAUGGGACUGAUAUUGCUCAAGCUGCUGUGAAGUGGGUUUAUGCCGUUGCUGAGAAGUUGCUGCCCGUAAGCAGCGGAGUUUAUGGGGCCGACCUGGGACCAGAUCCAAGAGAUGCCGCUCUAGCAGCCAAGGCAUUUGGACCAAACUUGCCACGGCUGGCUCGUCUCAAACAUGACUUGGAUCCUCAUAAUGUGCUGGCUUCUGCCUUUCCACUCCCGAAGAGCCCAAUGAAGCCGAAGCUCAUCGUUCUUGUCACAGGCGAAAGCUACGCGGGUAAAGACUAUUGUGCCAAUAUUUGGGCUUCUGUACUCUCCAAGGAUGCUGAUAGAAACAUCAAGGCGCGGGCACACCGGCCAGCAUUGACAGAGUUCUUUCAGGAACAGGUGCGGCAGCGAGCAAAGUUGCCAGAGGAACAUUUCAAGAAUGCAGUCUAUGGCGCUGCAGAUGUGGAUGUUUUACUGAUCACUGGGAUGAGAGAUGGGGCGCCAGUUGCUACUUUCUCACAACUGGUUCCAGACAGUAGGCUUCUCGAUGUUCGCGUCGAGGUCAGCAAAGAGACAAAGAGGGCUCGUCGAGGUUUUCACUGCGAUGACGAUAGUAAUCUUAAUACUGGACGCCAUCAAGAUUUUGAAGAAUUGGCGAAAGAAUUAGACUACUGCCCCGGCCUCAUAUUUGACAAUACUGCAGCUGGGGAUGAAGCAGCAGUGAUUUUUGCCAAACAACACUUGCUUCCCUUACUUCAUAAGGAUAUGCAGCGCUUGGCCGACAUGGUUCGUCCAAUACCCGACUUUCCACGCCAGGGCAUCGAGUUCCAGCACGUUCUUGAUAUCUCUCAGCAGCCAGGUGGUUUGGCCUUAUGCUCCUCUCUACUGCAAACCCACUGUAAUGGUGACUGGGCCAAAGUCGAUGCCAUAGCAUGCUGCGAGGCUGGAGGCUUUGUCUUUGCGUCAGGCUUGUCUGUACGAGUUGAUGUGCCCUUGUUGCUGAUUCGCGAGCAUGGCAAGCUUCCGCCACCUACUGUCUCCGUCAGCAAGUGCCCGUCGCAUAUCUCAUCGCAUUGUCCAGGAGAGAAGAAGAUUGCGAUGGACCGGGAUAUGGUUACCAAAGGGGCUUCGGUGGUGGUUAUUAAUGAUGUACUUGCUACAGGGGAGAUACUUUGCGCUGUGGUGCAGUUAUUACUUGAAAGCGGUAUCAAUCUUCAAGACAUAAGUGUCAUGGUUGUGGCCGAGUUUCCUACUCAUGGUGGGCGCCAGCUACUGCACAAACGCGGUUUUGGCAGAGUCAGUGUUCACAGCCUUUUAAUCUUUGGUGGUCUCUAA